GGAGGCGGGCUCUCCGCGGGCAACCUCUCGCUCAGUUUUCUGGCUCAGAUCUGGGACCCAUUUCCCGCCCUCACAGACCUAAUCAAGAAAUGGAAACUGAACCAGUUUCCAUGCAGAAGGUGCCUGCACCCACUGGAUCUCCCUGUCGACAACAGGACUCUGCCCUGACCCCCACGCCCACCAUGCCUCCCCCAGAGGAACCCUCCGAAGACUAUGAACACAGCCAAAGCCCUGCAGAGCAAGCCAUACAGGAGGAAUUUCAGUUUCUGCGCUGCCCGAGCUGCCAGGCCCAAGCCAAGUGCCCCAAACUGCUGCCUUGUCUGCACACGCUGUGCUCCGGAUGCCUGGAGGCGCCUGGCCUGCAGUGCCCCAUCUGCAAGGCGCCUGGGCCGGCUGAUGCUAAUGCGGAGGCCCUGGAUAAUGUGUUCUUCGAGAGCCUGCAGCGGCGCCUGGCGGUGUUCCGGCAGAUCGUAGAUGCGCAGGCUGCGUGCACCCGCUGCAAAGGCUUGGCCGACUUCUGGUGUUUCGAGUGUGAACAGCUCAUUUGCAGCAAGUGCUUCGAAGCACACCAGUGGUACCUCAAGCAUGAGGCCCGGCCCCUGGCCGAGCUCCGUGACAGUUCAGUGAGUGGCUUCCUCGAUAGUACGCGCAAGUCCAACAUCUUCUGCUCCAAUACCAACCACCGCAACCCAGCGCAGACUGACAUCUACUGCCGAGGCUGCGCCAAGCCUCUGUGUUGCUCAUGCGCGCACCUGGACCGCAACCACAGCGAUCUCCAUUGCAAUAUUGGUGAGGAGAUUCAGCAGUGGCAUGAGGAGCUAGGCACCAUGACACGGACUCUGGAGGAGCAGGGCAGAACCUUCAACAGUGCCCAUACACAGAUGUGCAAAGCCAUAGGACAGCUGGACCAAGCACGCGCAGACAUUGAGAAGCAGAUCCACGCACGCGUGCGCCAGGUGGUAGACUACGUGCAGGCUCAGGAGCGCGAGCUGCUCGAGGCGGUGAAUGACCGCUACCAGCGCGACUACCAGGAAAUAGCUGGCCAGCUGAGCUGCCUGGAAGCUGUGCUGCAGCGCAUCCGCACUAGUGGGGCGCUGGUCAAGAGGAUGAAGCUCUAUGCCUCCGACCAGGAAGUGCUGGAUAUGCACUGCUUUCUGCGCAAGGCACUCUGCAGCUUGCGCCAGGAGGAGCCCCAGAACCAGAAAGUCCAGCUGCUCACCAGAGGUUUCGAGGAGUUCAAGUUGUGCCUGCAGGACUUCAUCUCCUGCAUCACCGAGAGGAUAAAUGCAGCUGUAGCUACGAGAGCCAGCCCAGAGGCAGCCAGCAAUCAACCAGAGGCAGCCAGCACUCACCCAGUGACAGCUAGCACGCCUGAGGACUCGAUUGACCUUGAGCAGCCCAAAGAAGUGCAGAGGGUACAGGCUCAGGCCCUAGAGCUGUCUAAGACCCAACCUGUGGCUAUGGUAAAAACAGUGCCUGGAGCACACCCUGUACCAGUAUAUGCCUUCUCUAUGCAAGGCCCCACCUACAGAGAGGAGGCUUCUCAGACAGUCGGAUCCAUGAAGAGGAAGUGCUCCCACGAAGAUUGCUCCAGGAAGAUCUUCAAGAUGGAGUCCAUAGAGGAGAAUGAGGGCAGGUUGGCCACAAGCCUCCCCGAGCAGCCCUGGCCCGGCACUUCCAAGGCCACCUCCCCUCCACAUCUGGAUGGGACUUCCAGCCCUGAGAGCACUGUCCCUGAAAAAGAGAUCCUCCUGCCCAACAACAAUCAUGUUACCGGUGACACAGGGGAAACAGAGGAGCGAGUCGUGGUGAUCAGCAGCUCAGAGGACUCAGACACCGAGAAUCUGUCCUCCCACGAGUUGGACGAUAGCGGCAGUGAGUCCAGCAGCCUGCAGCUGGAGGGCCCCAAUUCCCUCAAGGCCUUGGAUGAGAGCCUCGCCGAACCCCACUUAGAAGACAGGACCCUGGUUUUCUUUGACCUCAAGAUUGACAAUGAAACCCAGAAAAUUAGCCAGCUGGCAGCGGUGAACCGGGAAAGCAAGUUCCGUGUGCUCAUCCAGCCCGAGGCCUACAGUGUCUACUCCAAGGCUGUCUCCCUGGAGGCGGGGCUACUGCACUUCCUCAACUUCCUCACCACCAUGCACCGUCCCAUCUUGGCGUGUCCAAGGCUGUGGGGGCCCGGACUCCCCAUCUUCUUCCAGACCCUGAGUGAUAUUAAUAAGCUGUGGGAAUUCCAGGACACCAUCUCAGGUUUCUUGGCCGUGCUGCCCCUCAUCCGGGAACGCAUACCCGGCGCUAGCAGCUUCAAACUUGGGAACCUAGCCAAGACCUACCUGGCGAGAAACAUGAGCGAACGCAGCGCUCUGGCUUCUGUGCUGGCCAUGAGGGACCUGUGCUGCCUCCUUGAGGUCUCCCCAGGACUGCCGCUGGCCCAGCAUAUCUACUCCUUCAGUAGCUUGCAGUGUUUUGCUUCCCUGCAGCCCCUAAUUCAGGCCAGCGUCCUGCCGCAGUCUGAGGCCCGCCUCUUGGCCCUCCACAAUGUGAGCUUUGUAGAGUUGCUGAAUGCAUACCGCACCAACAGGCAAGAAGGCUUGAAGAAGUAUGUCCGCUAUCUGAGCCUGCAGACCACCUCGUCGUCAUCGUCCCAAGUUGCCCAAUUUCUGCAGGCUCUGAGCACCCACAUGGAAGGACUGUUGGAAGGCUAUGCCCCUGCUGGGGCAGAAGGCAAUCCUGCUUCUCUCUCUGGCAAAGCUGAAACAGACACCAGAGGCACCCCAGACCUAGACCUCCCUUCUAGAAGCCAGAACCAGGAAGGCUUGCAUAAAGAAGGAGUGGCCUCUGAGCUCUCAAGGGCCCCAGUUGCCACCAACCACCACCACAGGUGGCCUUACAGCUCUUCCUGGAUGUUCGAUUCAUGGUGUUUUCCAGAUAGCCNAGAGUUCCAGCUUUGACAGCCUGAUGGCCUCCAUUUUCAUAUGAAUGAUGCCUGCAUCCCCACACCUCUGACUCGUCCUAUGGGUGUUCCAAGGCACCCAAUGCUGCAUCCUUUAAUACAGUUUCUUAUGGUUAUUGUGGUGACCCCCAACCAUAA